AGCAGAGGCAAGAGAGGAGUCAGUGGCGCGUGUGGUCACAGUGAGCUUCAUCGCAGCCGCGUCAAGCUGGAGGAGGCCACCCGUCUACCACUCCUGCUCCUCUCGCGAUAGUGUUGUCUUACUCCUAUCCCUCAUCUCUCUCUGUGAACUUGUGCCGCUACACCAUACACACGCACACUAAGAUGAUGGAGUUAAGGGUUGGCAACAAGUAUCGUCUAGGACGGAAGAUAGGAAGUGGAUCCUUCGGUGACAUCUAUUUGGGAACAAACAUCUCAACCGGAGAGGAGGUUGCCAUCAAGCUAGAAUGCAUCAAAACAAAGCACCCACAGCUACACAUAGAGUCCAAGUUUUAUAAGAUGAUGGCUGGUGGUGUAGGCAUCCCUGGGAUCAAGUGGUGUGGUUCAGAAGGAGACUAUAAUGUAAUGGUAAUGGAGUUGCUGGGACCAUCCUUGGAAGACCUUUUCAACUUCUGCUCUAGAAAGUUUUCCCUCAAGACAGUCCUUCUCUUGGCAGACCAACUUAUCACCAGAAUAGAAUACAUACACAGCAAGAACUUCAUCCAUCGAGACAUAAAGCCAGAUAAUUUCCUCAUGGGCUUAGGAAAGAAGGGAAAUCUUGUGUAUAUCAUAGAUUUUGGCCUCGCGAAAAAGUACAGAGAUUCCCGCACACACCAACACAUACCUUACAGGGAAAACAAAAACCUGACAGGCACGGCCCGGUAUGCGUCAGUCAACACUCACUUGGGAAUAGAACAAAGUAGAAGAGAUGACUUAGAGAGUCUAGGGUAUGUAUUGAUGUACUUCAACAGAGGAUCUUUACCUUGGCAAGGCCUUAAAGCUGCCACCAAAAGACAAAAAUAUGAAAGAAUCAGUGAAAAGAAGAUGCAGACACCAAUUGAGGAGCUUUGCAAGGGAUUUCCAAAUGAGUUUGCUACGUACCUGAAUUUCUGCCGGUCACUGCGGUUUGAGGAGAAACCGGAUUACAGUUACCUAAGGCAGCUCUUCCGACAGCUCUUCCACCGUCAGGGAUUCACCUAUGAUUAUGUCUUUGACUGGAAUAUGCUCAAAUUUGGAGGGUCACGGAAUCAGGAAAACGAGGUGGAGCGGAGAGAUCGUCAGAGCCACAAACCCCAAGCCACAGGUGCCACGUCUCGGAUACGACACGACACCACCGUCGGGGGUGUGUUGCCUUCCCCAACAGCGGGUGUUGGUCGGCUACGAUCAGGGAGUGAAAGUGAGCAGCGUGUAAACAUGCGAGUGCAUCGCACAGCCACUUCCAACAUGCAAACACCAGAACUCUCAAGACCAUCAGACAGAGGAGUGGAGAACUGGGCUAAUAGUGUGAGUCCUCCAGUAUCUGGAGGAGUAAUUCGCCGGGGAUCGGCUGGCAAGGAUGGCACUUUCCGAUAUCCAGCUAAGAAAUGAAAACUUGGCUCUUUAGCUCAUUUUGCAAAGUGACUUUGUAGUGUUCCUUGUGAUAUUGUCAGCAUGUGCUGACUUGUAAUGAUCAAUACUAUACCUUAAGAUGCACUGAACUAUCGCUGAAAUUUGUGUAGUGGUCUUUUGUGCAGACAUUACUCCUGCAGUUUGGGGGAACGUUGGAUUCAACAGGGUGGACUCUGUUGGUCAGCAAAGCUCAAGCUUAAUUGCUUGCAGAUGAUGUUUAUAGAAUUUGUGAACUUAAAAAGUCAUGGCCUUAAAUAGUAUUUUUUGAAAAUAUACAACUUUUUUUAAUAACAACUAGGGAAUUGUAUGCAUGAAAUGCACCAAUUUACCUGUCAGGGAAAAUGAUUGAUAGAAGUCAAGAAGUUCUGCUUUGAGUAAUCAGGACACAGUUUGAAGGGACAGUGUGUGUUGUAUGUUGUUUGGCUGCUGUGGGUGUUUAGGAGUUUCAUUGAUGUCACUGAUCAUAGAGAUAAGAUUAAGUUGUAUAUUUUACAAUACUAUUGAUCUCAUUGCCUGCAGGUCGUCAUGGGGCAUCAUUAUGGUAAUGGUGAUGGUGGGACAGUGGAAGACUGCCCCAAACCAUUGUUUGGAGAGAGGUGUAUCAGGCUAUCAACAUUAGCUUCAUUCACAAAAUCUUUCUCAGUUGCUUUCAUUUUUGUUAUGGAUAGAUCAUUAUUUUUUUUUUUUUACUUGUAUUUUUGUUCUUCAUUUAUUUUUUUUUUUAGAAAAACAAAUGAAAGCUAACUGCCCUAGUUUGGAUUACUCUUAUUUUUUCUUAGAUGUUUGCCUAUUGUUAUUAUUUAUCUUAACAAAUUGUCAUUAUUUGCACUUAUGGUGCAACAGUCUUGUGGGAUUAUGAUUACCUUAUAUUUUGCACAAAUCUUAGAUAAUUUGCUGAUCUGUGAAUAUAAGUGUUGCAUCAGGUUUGUUGCAGUUGUCCACAUUUGAUUGCUGUAACCUGGGAGCAGUGUCUUAACACAUCACAACAUCAUCACAGCACUUCACUAGUGUACAUUCAGAAAAAAAAUCUUUAUAUGUGUUUAAUGUAAUGCAUUCAUUGAAUUUGUAUAAUAAUGACUACAUUGUAGAGAGUGAAAAAUUGUUUCUUACUAUAUGAUACAUUGUCUAGUGCAUCUCAGACAGGUUUGAUUAUGCAAAAUAUUAAUCAUUUGGUCUUGAAAUUAACUGUACACAUAUAAGUAGGCAUGAUUUUUUUUUUUUUUUACUAAGAAGCAUCAUCUUAACCCAAUGAAAUUCCUCUCACUGAUUUAUGUUUAUAGAUACACACAAGGUACUGAUAAUUUACUCAACCUUUUCUAAGAAAUUGUUUGUUAAACUUUGAACUUUCCACAUGAAAAUGCUUACAAUUUAUACUGAAUGCUAAUGAACUCUUAUUGAAAAUUAAUUUUAUUUGGUUCAUACUCUCCUUUGUCUUGCUUUGCUCAUUCUACAUUUUCUUUUUCCAUUUCUGUCAUACAUUUAUGUUUGCAGCAUUCUCUCUCUCUCUCUCUCUCUCUCUCUCUCUCUCUCUCUCUCUCUCUCUCUCUCUCUCUCUCUCUCUCUCUCUCUCUCUCUCUCUCAAAAUGAUAUCAUUGCAUUUAUCCUUCAGUUUUUCUUUUAAGUAAUAUUAGAUUAUUCUACAAUGGGGUACUAAAGUUUUGCACUUGGUUUGAUUGGGGAAACUCCUGUUAAAUUUGUGAAUCAUAAGCUUGAAACACUGGUCUCAGGUGCAAGGUCCUUGUUUAUUCUUGUACUCAGGUGCAUCUGUAGUAAUGUUGAUAUUUUGAUCUAUAGUGUUUGAGCUGUUUGGUGUUGAAUAGUAGCAGUGGUGAACUAGUGAGGAAGAUCACAUGGUUAGACUCAAUGGCAAAGUCCAGAACAAAGACAGUGAGGUGUGCAAUUCAUAUGUAAUGUGUAUGAAUGCAGUACUGCUCAGUAACAGCAAUAUGCAAGGCAGCCAUAUAGAAGCUCUAUAAUCAAGGAGUCAGUGUUCCUCCCAUCAUAGUUGUCAUGCCACAGCAAGUCACCCAUCCAACUCCAGGCCAGUCCAAUAUUGGUUUUGUAUCUUCCUCUGAUCGGCUAUGCCAGGAAUUUGAGACAGUUGAGGCUGCUCAGUUUAUUGCAGCUGUUGCAGUUGAAGCACAGCCAUGUGGAGUGCAUGAAAACUACUUUCCAUGCCAUCUGUCAAUACUUCAGUUUUAUCUCCUGACUAGCAACUGCAGGUACUGCAGUGCUUGCUAUGCUUGCCUUAGGGAACAACCACCGACUGUUUAAGAAAAAAAUAAGCAAGGAAGCCUCCUGUUAUGAUAAUUUGAUCUCUCACUCUUCAAUACAAUCAUUUAACUACUUCCCAUUGGCAUGUUUCACAAGAUUUCACUGAGGCUCAAUCCUGUGACCACCACUGAACUGCUCAAUGCAACCUUCCUUACCUUACUGUGGAGCACAACCACAUCACAAGCCAACAACAUUUACUUCACACACUGCAUAGAUAUUUGCUUCCUACCAUCUCAAGACAAGUAUUCACUGGGCAGUGUAUGACAAUUCCUAAUAUUGACUUGACUUUCACAUGGUGCUCAAGAACAGUUGGGUGCAAUAUAAAGGAGGAAAGUAAGUGGAAAUAGGGAAAGGAAGAACUUAACUUAGAGAUCAGUGUCAAACUCAUAAGUGAGCAUUGAAUUUAUCAAACUUGAUUACCCCAUUUGUUUUUAUUGAGUCUUGUUGUCUAUUUGGAUCCACUUUCCACUCCUAAGAUAGACUGUAUAUUGAAAAGUGAAAAUUGUAUCAAUUAAAAAUGUUUAGUGAAAUUUAAAUACCUCUGUGAUCCCAAUGCUGAAAGUAAUUCUGGAACACAAUUCUCCCAGCCAUCGUUUGCAGUAUCACUGCUGUUCAUUGUAUUUACCAUGUCAUACCAGAAUACUUUUUUUUCAACAUUUGAUGUAAUAUUUCUCAUUUUUCUUAAGAGUGUGUCUAUUAGUUAUAGAAAUAUGCAUGUCAUGUUUGGAUAUAAAGUAAUUAUUUAUUUAUUUUUUUUUUUUAUUAUUAUUUAUUUUUAUGCAGUUGAGAGAUAAUUUUUUAAGUUCCAACUCCAUCUGUAACUGCAUCAGGAUUUUCUUUGAUGUGUGGUUGUAUUAUUUACCAAGAAAUUACCAAUCAUUGUGUCUCAAAAGAUCUAUCAUCAUCUGAAAUGAGUCUCUCUCUCUCUCUCUCUCUCUCUCUCUCUCUCUCUCUCUCUCUCUCUCUCUCUCUCUCUCUCUCUCUCUCUCUCUCUCUCUCUAGUUAUAUGGUUGAUUGCAAUCACUUGCUUGGCAGCACAGAGAAAAAGUUGUUAGAAACAUUCUUUUUGCUUUUAUUUUUUAUCCAGGAAUAUUUUCUCGGGGUAAUUUUUUAAAAGAUUUAUAUUAGUAAAAUUAAAGUUUAUAGUUUAUUGAUCACUCAGGUCAGAUCAGUGCACUUCUUGACAGCAUAUUCCAUCCAUCAACUUGAAGAUGCUGCUGGACGUCACUUUCAUUUUGUUAUGCCAACUUGUGAUGGGAUUGAUUGUGUUUACUUCUCUGUUUGUUUGCACCUCAUGUGGAUGUAAGGAGAUAGAUACCUUUUUGCUUAAAAAGAUAUUAUGGAGAAUCAAAUAUAGGAAAUGUAAUAGUUUUCCAUAAUAGUAAUGGAAAGUCUUGAUAAGAAUUUAGGCUGAGGAAUGCAGUGGGAGGCAGAUAUUUACUAUAAAGGUAUUGUAAUAUUACAGCACAUAUAUAUUUGUUUGUGAUAAAGUUCAUAAAGGACUAGUGCUCAGUUGGAAGAAUAACAUGAGUCACAAGUGUUACAAUGCAUGACCAAAGAACCUUUCACCAUUAUUGAGAAAAGUAAGUGUGACUCUAAAUGGAAUCUUUUUACUGUACAGGUUGAACCUCCCAAAUCCAGCAACUGCUGGACCCGUAAUUUGCCGGAUUACAGAAAAUUCUGGACUGCAAGUGGUCCUAAAGUAAGCACCCUAAAACACCCUGCAUAGUCUUAGUCAGCCUGUAUUAUAACUGUAACAUUGUGUUAAUAUGAUAUAUGUUAGCUGUACAAAUAAAUAUGCAUGCAGAAGGAUAGAGAAAAAACACAUGCACCGCCUUGUCAUGGCGGCGUUCCGAUAAACUUACAUUAUUCUGAGAAAUUGAAAUAAUUCCUGCAAAUUAAAAUUAUGCCAGAUUAUAGGAUUUGCUGGAUUAUGGAAUUCCAAAUUUGGGAGGUCCAACCUGUACUUAGGUAUUGCUACAUUUUUUAUUUAUAUAUUUUUUGGUCCUUGUAACCAUGAUGUAAGAAGACAAAUAGGAAUGCAUGUGUUGCAUUUUCUAGUAAAAUUUAAACCAGCUCUGGAGAUGUAUUCUCCAGAUAUCAAUCCUUGGGAACAGCAUGGCUGGUGAAAAAAGAUGACUACUUUAACAUUGUAAACAUAUACAAUGAAGCCUUAAUCAAUGUUUGGAUCAGAAAAAGGGAUAUUUCUGUCUCUUCUUUUGUAGGCUAUCCAGUACUUUAGUUAUUAUAUACUGUGCUAUGAUUUCCAAAAUUACUCUCUAAAGUCCACAACUUAAUCAAAUACUGUACCACCACAGAAUAUCUAAGGUGUUGUUAAUACCUGAAGGAAGAAAAUAAACUUUAUACCAUAUUUCAUAACUAUUUACCAUACAUUAUUUCUUAGGCUUUAGAGUUCAGUUUGUUGCAACACUGGAAUGCAUAUAUCAGGAACUAUAUUUUGUCUUCCAUAACAACUCUAGGCAAUUCAAACACAGUGGCUAGGAAAACUAUUCUCCUCACAUUUUAUAAUUUAUAUUUCAUGGACAUUUGAAAUGUAUAUCAAGAGUUAAUUUAAUAGCCAAAUUUCUUCAUCUUUUGACAUGAACUCGUUACUUUUUUACCAACACAUUACUGAUAAGCAGUGUGUAACAUGUGUUUCUGUGGAUAUUGCGAACAGUGAAAGUACAGACUAUUCUGAGUGGAAGAUGAUGCUUACAGUACGCCCUCUGAAACAUUGUUUAACUGUGGUAUAAAAUUCAAGUGGGACCUGAUAACUGAUAAAAUGGCUGGGCUGUGCAGGUAUCCAUGUUGUAGAAAUGCAAAGUGUCCACAUGCUCUACAUUAUUGUAAGUGUAUAGCAGUGCUAGCUACUUUUCUCUCAAAAUUAAGCAAUACAAUCUUAAUGUAUUCAUUGUCACCAUCUGACUUGAAAUUGCAAACAACUGGCUUGCAGUCAGCUGAUUUACCCCUAGCCUUGCCUACCCUCUCUCUUCCCAGGCAGCUGUGAAUGUGCAAUUUUAAUCAGUAAAUCAUCUAUACAUUAAUACUAUUUGUCUCAUGGGACAUUGUAAUGUCCCAAACAUAUAGAAAUUUCACCGUAAUUUCACCCAGGUAGCCAUGUUAACACGUCUUGCCAGAGAUACUUAGCUGCUGACCAUUGUCACCUGGCCACACUUUAAUUUCAUAACACAGUUGAACAAGACAUUAAAAUGCAUAUUGGAAUAGAACAUUUUCCAUCUAGAAUAACCUGUACUUUUACUGCUAACAAUAUCCACAAAAACUUGUUAUAUCUCCCUCACUUGGAUAUGCUAGUGUUUUGAGUUUGAUGAACACAAAAGUACAGAACUUGCAGUUAUGACUACACCAUUUUCCCCAGUACACCCACUUAUUGAGAUGGCAGCCAAGCCUCAUCUAGCCAUAAGUUGUUCUUAGAGAAGUUGUAUUGAGUUAAAUUUUGUUUCAUGUACUUUUUUCUAAUAUGUUAUUUUCCUUAAUCUCAUCUAGCAUUGCUGUAAUCAAAGUUCCUGCCCCCCCCCCCCUCUCUCUCUCUCUCUCUCUCUCUCUCUCUCUCUCUCUCUCUCUCUCUCUCUCUCUCUCUCUCUCUCUCUCUCUCUCUCUCUCUCUCUCUCUCUCUCUCUCUCUCUCUCUCUCUCUCUCUCUCUCUCUCUCUCUCUCUCAUGGGUGCUCCUUUUCAAUCACAAAAGCAUAAUCUGAAUGUCAAACCAAAUCAAUUCUAAUAUCGUACUACUCAAAAAAUAUUAUUAUUUUAUGCUUUUCAAAGAUUAUCUGAGUCCAUAUUUAUUUUUUUCUUACAGAACUGGGUUUUGAAAAGAAAAUAGUAUAUAGCAGACAGGCAAUUAUUGGUCAGCUUAAAACCUGUUUCAGAUGAUUAGUAUGUCAGGUUUUUACAUAGAUACCUGUUUUGAUUGAGAUUUCUGUUUGCAUUAAUUCAGUCUUCAUGUUACUAAAGACAGGUUAAUAAAGUAGUCAAGAAAAACUUAUGAAAAUUAUAGACUUGUUGAACUAUUGCAUGAAAUUCUAAGGAUAACUGGAGUACUACCAAGUGGAUUGUAUGUAAAGAUCAAACUGUUAUACAAUAAACUAUUUACUUAUGAAAGAUCUUAAUAUGUAUACUUGAAUAGCAUGACAAUGUCUAUUUUCAAAUAUGAAAACAAAAACAUAUUCUUUGUCUAUAAACCUUGCAUUUUUCCUAUAUCUGAAUUCAGAAUUAAGAUUUUCAAACAUUUACAUCACCAUGCCUUUUUUAUAGAAUGGCUACUGUCUUGGCAUGGUUGUGAAAAUAGAGAGCAAUGGAAUGUACCAGAGAAAUGUAAUAGUGGAGAUCCUAGACUACCACAGUAUUCUGUAUGACCUCAAGGCAUGAAAAUAAAACUUCAUUUUCUUCAGUGUUCUGCAUCACAUAGGUAUACAGAUAUCAUGAAAAAAUAAGAUAAAUUGGCUAAUGAAAUGCUCACAGAGUGCAGGAGUAAAGAGCCUGUGUGCAUUAUUGCCAUAGAAGUGCAAUGUCCAUCACCUAUAAAGAUUAAAUUGUAAUGCAGCUAGUUUGACUAAAAGGAAUGAUUUCAUUCUAUAAUAUGUAGAUGAUGUAUUUAUAUCUCAUCACCAUUUUACUUUAUUCUUCAUAUGUUCACUACACAGCCUGUAUUCAUGAGAUGCCAGACUUUGUUACCAGUUCUAAAAAAAGAAUAUUGUGGUUGUAUUUUAUUCCUGCAUACUCAUAUAUCAUCAUCAUCAUCACCAUCUCUGUCACCAUCAUGAAGGUAUAAUGGUGUAUGGAAAAUGUAUUUGUAUUUUAGUUGUCACCACUAAAAUUACAUAUUGACAUUUUAUUAUUCUCUUAAAACUCAACUUGUAAACAUUUGUUUGGAACAAACAUAUUUGUAAUUGGCUAAGUGUCUACCUGUUUCAUUUAUAGUGCAUUUUGUCUUUGGCUGUUGAUUUGCAAUGUAGCAUUUUUUAUUUAUUUAAUCAAAUUAGUAAAUAAUACAUGUGGUAUAAACGUAUGUGAGAAAUAUCAUGCUUGUAUUUUAUAAUUUUGUAACUAUGAUACUAUAGAUUUUGGGAUUUAUUGUGUCUGAUAACUGUAAAACUAAUCAAAACAAGAUAAAUGCAACUUCUUAUUUAUUUAUUCAUUUAUUAAUUUUCUUUUAUAACUAUGGAUGAAAUAAGUUUUGUGAGUUUCUUAUGAGAAGCAAGAAUUGAGAUUUUUGUGUGGAUGCUUAGUUAAUGCCUAUAAAUAAUUCACCCUUAAAUUGUGGAAUUCAUUGGUUAAAAAAAAAAUAUAUAACUUCUUGGGAAUUAUCUCUUAAUUGUUACUGCAGUCAGUUAUUGCUACAGCUAAAUGUAGGAAUGAUAAAAUUCUAUUACAUGUAAUUUAGUUUUUAUUACUGUUAUUAUUAUUAUUAUUAUUAUUAUUAUUAUUAUUAUUAUUAUUAUUAUUAUUAUUAAUUUUUUCUCUGCAUUUAAUUAUGUUGUGAUCAUGUGUCAAGGCAACCAUGGGCAGUGUUAAGGAAAGUGAAACACUACACAGUACAGUGAGGAAUGAGACUGCUUUUUAAUGAUCGAUGAUUGAAAGAUAUGAUUGUUAAAUUAUGCAUGUCGAGGUGCACCCAUUUGGAACCCACUUGAAUAUCUUGGUGGUACAAGUGAAAGGAGUUUUGUAUGAUGACCACUCCCAAAGCUGGCUGCAACUUGUGUGGAGCAAACUUGUUUUGGAAUCCUCCGUUUGCCCACCUCAUCUCAACAAAAGAGACCAUCAUCCUACUGUGGUGUGUAACUGAUAAACUCAAUAAAUAAUUUUUUUUA